GGUUGCAAAGGACCACAAGAGACAAGAGCUUAUUUUUCAUUGGAUCGGAUAACCAUAUCCAUUUCUUCUUUGAUACCCCUAUCUCAUCUUUCCCUCAUUCAAUGAAACUCUAUGCUUUUGUUUUUGCUUCAACACUCACAAUUCUUGUCUUUUUUUGAAUCUUCUCUCUGCAAUGCCAGGCACUAUCAUGGUUUCAGUACUGGAAUUCAUGGAUCUUCCAUUAUCUUCAUCGACUUCCAUAAGGGUUUCCAUGGGGAAGAUAGAGUACCAAAUCAGUGACAAGGGAAACUAUUCUUUCCCUUUAACUAGCCUCCGUGAUGAUUUGAUUGUAAAGAUUCUUGAGGCUGAUGGGAAUGAAAUAGCGCGUACAGGAAUCCAUGUGAGGUUGAUAUUAGAGAAAGGUGUUUGGGAAGACAUGUUUACCCUUGGGGAAGGACACUUGCAUUUGAAGUUGCAGUUCAUCCUUAGCGACGAAGAGCGUGAUAGAAUUCGCAUAAUGAGACAAUCUGCACUAAAGAAAAAACAUGAUGAGCUUCUUAGUAGUCGUCAAAGAGGUGCAGAAACCGACAGCAGUACUGUUAUUGGCAAUGAUGCAUUACCUUUCCACACAAAUGAUGAGAGGCUUUUUCCUGAUGUUUUAAGUGCUCCAUCUUCUGAAGAAUCAAAGAAUCACCUUCAGCAUAAAGCAGUUUCUCGGCUACAUGGUCCUGUUGUUCUUUUCAACAAGGAAUCUGAUACUAGAGGCAUAGCUGGUGGGGUUCAGCUUGACAAGAAGAAACUAAAACCAAACUCUGCAGAUCAAUAUAAAUCAACUAAACCAGUAUUGCAAGUAGCUAAUCUCGCUCAAUCGCCUCACAAGGGUAAGAAGCCUAUGAAUCAGUCAUCACCUGAGGGACAGUAUCAGGAAAUACUUAGUUCAGAAGAAAUGGCAAAUAGGUUAAGAAGAUCAGAACAAAAUGAUUCUAUGACCAAUAAUCCAAUCCAACCUAUGAUGGAAGAAGAUAGUCCGCAAUAUUUUGAGGUGAAAAGAGCGAUGCGGAGAACUCCUAGUAAUGUGAGGAAGAUGAUAAGUGCUUUCGAAAGUGGCAUGGCUCAGGAUAUGAGACCUUACAUUAAACCACCUCCAACAAAAUAUCAGUCAAGUAAGAUUGAAAGAAAAGAUUCAUCCAAGACUCGGUACUUGGAGCAAGAUAAGUCACAGGAUGCCGAGCCGGCAGCCAUCUUGCAAGAGAAUGUGAACAAAAGAACAGAUUCGAAUGCCAGAAAUAAAUUGGACAAGUAUUAUCCUUUUGAAAGUUCUGGGGCUUGGAUAUUCCCAGAUGAAUCAAGAAAGAUGUGCAUAACAACAAGUGGUAAAAGCUUAAAUGGUGUAGAGGAAAGUCAGGACAAAAAGUGCUUAAGCCAUCAAAGAAGUUUGCAUUUGUCACAGUUAGAAAAUAAGGGGAAGAAUGCAGAGCAUUUUAGAACUGGAACUAAGGGGAGCAAGCAUGAGAGGAUUAAGGAAAGUAGAGGCUCUACGACAAGAGGUUCUUCUGCUGAUAAUGCAGAUGAAAACUCUGGUGGGCCAGUUAAUCAGGUAAUAAAAGUUGCAAUCAUUGUUGGCUUUGGAAUACUUGUUCUCCUUACCAGACAAAGAAAGAAAAGGUGUGAAAAUUAGAUAGAACCUUCUGUUGGAAAAUUUCAACUGCAAGGAUCAUCUGAAGGGAUGCAGAAUUUUGUGGAUUUUCUGUGCAAUAAUCUAGAUUCUUUCUGUCAAAUACAAUGACAUGUUUACAAAAUAACAAGCAAGUUUCCCUUUGGAGCAUGUGAACUACCACAAUGUAAUUAUAUUCAUCCCAAACAUCCUUUUUAGCCGUCACAAUUUAUCAAUUAAAGAAUACACGCUUGAGGGCAAAUAAUUAUGAAAA